AUGAGAUUAUUUCGUUCGACCAAGGAUAAGGCAUCGAGUGGCUCGGAUAAUGAAGAUUCUCAGCCAUCCAAUACGCGCAGUGAUAACUCACCGCAAAAAUCACUGUUCAGAAGCAUGGGUCUCAUGUUUUCCAGAUCCCCUAAUAGGGGUAAUGAUGUACAAUAUCAAAGAUUAGCGUCUUUAUCUUCCGGGCGCCUAGCGGAAGAUGGCACCAGCCAUAAAACCGAACGAAAGGGCUGGUUCUCACGUUUUAGUGAUUCCAGUAGUAUGAAAUGUGAAAGUGUAACAUCAAAGUCUAUUGAUUCAGGCUCCUCGCCACCAUCUCAUGACGAUGUACAUAUGUUGGAUAGAUCAAGUUCCUACCUAUCGCUCUCGCCGUUGUCACUCAAGGGAGUAACAGGCUCAGAUUCUACUAUAGCUCAACCCAUCGAUUUACAAGAAACGAAUUUCCCGUAUGAGCAUUUGAGCAAGUAUAAGAGUGAUAGGAAGACGAUUGUUAUGGAUGAUGAAAUUAUUCACAUUGGAAGUAGAUUUCACACCAGCCCUGUAUCAUCAAAUGAAGUCUUAAAACCAUUUGAAAUAAAACACGCAGCUAGUUUAAACUUGGAUAAUGAUUUAAAUUUUGAUCAUAAUGCUUGGAUGGAAGAACGUAAAGAACCAAAACAAGUUGAAGAACGUGGAUUUUUUAAUAUAAGGAAUAAACUCUCAUCAUUCCAACGAAACUUAUCCACCCCAAGAGCUUUUAAGUUUAUGAGCUCUAGAAGUUCAAGCAAAGACAAAUAUAUAUCUGAUAAUAAAUUAAAGCGCCUUGUUAGAGGAGGUGCCAACUCUGAUGGAAGUGAUAACAGUGGCACUCCUAGAAGCCAGAGAAACUCAGAUAGAUCGAUGUUUUCUCUUAUUAAUGAUUCUAGUGGUGAUGAUGCAUUCAUAGAGCCUAUUGAUAAAAAUGAUGGAUAUAAAAUAUCUGCACCCAUUGCCUCGUGCAGAGGUUAUAAUGUUAUAUGUUUAUCAAACACCCAGAUACCAGAGGAUAUAUCUAGUAUAACUCCUACAAAGGAUCUGCAAAAGGUUGAAGAAAACUUUAGUUCAUUACCUUUGUUAAAGGAUACUCCAUUGCAAAAUAGACCUGAGUUAUUUCAGAGAAAACUUAUCGCAUGUCAGACAAUAGUAGACUUUGAUAUGCGAAAACAAACCCAGAGGGCCAUUGAACUUAAAAGGCAAAUAUUACUUGAAAUUGUAGAAUAUAUAAGUACAACUCGAAGCUGUAUCAAUGAGCGUAUAUUGCAGGACGUUAUAGAUAUGGUUGCUGCCAAUGUAUUCCGUUCCUUGCCGCAAAAUAUAAAAAAGUUUAACAUGUUUUAUGACUCUGAAGAUGAUGAACCAGCUCUAGAAAAAUCAUGGCCUCAUUUACAAAUAGUUUAUGAUAUAUUUUUGCGUGUUAUAGUCUCCACAGAUAUAACCUCUAAAAUGGCGAAAAAUGUCAUAGAUCGAACAUUUGUGUUGAGGUUACUGAGUACCUUAAACUCUGAAGAUCAAAGGGAACGUGACUAUCUGAAAACAAUCUUACAUCGCAUUUAUGGUAAAAUUGUUCCUCUCCGUAAUUUUAUAAGAAAGGCUAUUGAUAAUGUCUUCACUCAUUUUGUUUAUGAUGCUGAAGUUCAUUAUGGAAUCACAGAAUUGUUGGAGAUUUUGGGGAGUAUCAUUAAUGGGUUUGCAAUACCUUUGAAAGAGGAACACAAGAUAUAUCUUAGAAAGGCGCUCGCUCCCCUGCAUAAACCUAAAUCUAUCCGUAUUUAUCAUGCUGCCUUAACUUACUGCAUGAUUCAGUAUAUAAACAAGGAUAGGACCUUGUCAGCCACAAUUUUAAAAUGUGUACUAAAUUACUGGCCAACUAGUAGCACCCAAAAGGAGAUUCUAUUUUUAAAUGAAUUAGAGGAAGUCUUAUCACUGACUGAACUAACGGAAUUUAACAUGGUUGUUCAGCCUCUUGUGAAGCGUUUGGCAUUAUGCCUAUCUUCCACACAUUUUCAAGUUGCAGAAAGGACCUUGUAUCUUUGGAACAAUGAUCGUUUGGUUCGUUUAUUUAAUAUGAACAAGGAAAUUACGUACGCUCACAUUGUUCCUAUCCUACAUAGCAAUGCCAGCAAUCACUGGAACAGCGUGGUUCGUACUUCGAUGUUUAAUGUUUCAAAGAUCCUUCUGGAAUACGAUCAAGCGCUAUACAACAAGUGCAUUAUGGAAGACCUAAAGGAUGCCAAGAUAAGGGACGAUCGUACACACCUGUGGAAUGAAUUGGAGACUUCCUAUAAGGCCAAAAUAGCUGCAACCUAG